AUGUUCCGCGCUCGGCCAAAACCGUCCGUCCGACUGAAGUCUCGGCCAAAGUUCAAAACCGUCGGCCGAUCACGCAUCACGACCCGGGAAACUAAGCCCGCGGUCGGCCACGCCACGCCACACCGCGCACGACCAACCGCGCGAGCCGGGAAACGCCUCGCGGCCGCGCAACUCAUCACGUACCACGGCCGACGCCGUCCGACCGGGAAACUAUGCCCGCGUCCGGCCGAGAAACCAUCGGCCAAUUUCACCGUCCGACCACAGCCGGCCGACCGAUCAUCCGGCCCCGACCGUUCCGACUCGGCCAAAGACCCGACUGUCCGGCCGACCGUCCCGACGACCGUCCGAACGCCGCGGUCGACCCGAAGCCGUUUUUGA